AUGGAAGAGAUGAUGUUGAAAAGAUCCAAAUUUCAUUGUUACCGCAACACGUAAAGCUGACGAUAAAAUUUGGUGGAGGUGUUGGAAAGUAUUGUAGAAUUGAGGGAAACAUGAAUAAGUCGUUGUAUUGUAAAAUAAUAAAAAAUGAGUUCAUGGCAAAUGGUGUUUGA